UGCAGAUCUGGCGUAAGCUGGUGACGGACGGCGCCGUGCCGCUCAGCCGGCAGCGCACGGUGCUGCGGCUGGCCGCUGGCCGGCUCCAGGACAAGUCGAGCAACGUGCGCCGCGCCGCCCUCCAGCUGGUCACCGCGCUACUGCAGGCCAACCCGUUCGCCGCCAAGCUGCCCGUGGCUGAGUUAGAGGAGCAGUAUCGCACGGAAAAGGCAAAGCUGGCUGAGCUGGGCGUGGAUGAGGAGGAAGAAGAGGGGAAAGAGGAGGAGAAAGAGGAGGAGGAGGAGGAGGGCGCGAGUGAUGACUCAGGCGAGAGAAAACCGAGGAGAAAGCGCUUGUCAAGGUGCUUGCAAAGGCCCAGAAACAACUGACGAUUGCCUUGAAGAAUGAGGUAGCAGGGGGCGGCGACGCCUCGCCGCUGCUGGCGGGCCGCGAGCGUCUGCUGGCACUGCUGUCGGCCGACGGCGGACUCGCGGAGGCUGCCCGUCUGCUGCUGGCAGAGCCGCGCCUGCUACCGGGCCUGGCGCCGGACACAGACGACACAGAGGACACAGCCGACAGGCCGGACAUAGAGGACAGCGCCGAGUCGCCGGCUGGCCCGACCGCCGCUGGCCGGCUGCUGGCCGCGCUGGAGGCGCUGGCUGCCGCCGGGGCCGACUGCCAACACCCGGACCGGCAGCUGGAGAUCGACAAACAGAAGAUGAUGGUGCUCUACUUCAAGGACUCGGUGGCGUUCGCCCGGCUCAUAGACGAGGCUAUCCCGGGCAUCUGCGGCUUCCUCCGCUCGGCGCAGACCACGGACGUGCUGGAGGCCGUCUCGUUCUUCGUCACGGCGUUCGAGUUCGGCCUGCUGCAGGCGAUGGUGGGUAUCCGCCAGAUGCUGUCGCUGAUCUGGAGCCGCGAGGCGGCCGUCAAGGAGGCCGUGGUGACCGCCUACAGGCGCCUCUACGUACCGGCCGAGGGCAACGAGAGGUUCCGCGCGUCGCAGGCGGCGGCCAGCCUGUCGGCGCUCUGCGAGGACGCCUCGCUGUCGGAGCUGGCUUCGCUGGAGGAGCUGGUCGUGCAGUUGGUCGGCUCCGGCCACCUGGGCGCAGCCUUCACCCAGCUGCUGUGGGAGCGGUUCACUGGCGGCGGCGGCGGCGGCGGCUCGCGGCGCCCCGCGCUGCUCCUCAUCGGCAUGGUGGCAGGGUGA